AUGUCAGCUAAUAGUAUUAUUAGAGUUUAUCAAAACACUGCAACUACAACUGCAAAUUCUUCAAGAACUGAAAUCUCAAGAUACAAAUCUCAAAAUUCACCAGAAUAUGUUAAUACACCAGAUUCUUUAGUUAAAGAUGUCCCAAUCAAUUCAGGUGGUCCAUCAGGUUCUAAUACUGCAGCUUCAGUUUCCACAUCUGCUUAUAUUGAACAAACACAUCCUUUAGUUUUACACAAGAUUGAAAAUUUACCAACUGCUCCAAUUCCUGAAGAAUCACCACAAUUAUCUAAGCAUCAGUCACCAAGUCAUGAUUUAGCCACCAAAACAGCUUCAAGUUUCCAAUCCAUGUUUACAAUUCCUUUAAAAUUUUUCAAUAGUAAAUUUGGCGGAUUACCAACACCAGAUUCAAAUGAUGAAGAUCCAAAGAAAAAGCAAAAUUUUGAUGAUGAUAUCCAUGCAGUUGAAGACCUGAUUGAUGAAUUAAGAGAAGCUUUACCUAUUGAUAUUAUUACUGAAUCACCUGUUGAACCUUUGAAUAUUGGAGAUGAUGAAAAUUCUGCUGAAAGAACUAAUUCUGAAUUGUUAAAAUCAUCAAAUCAUACUGAACUGGAUCAAUUAUCAAGUAGUGGUUAUGAUCCCAUUUAUGACACUUAUAUAAGCUAUUUGAAUUAUGCUUCAGCAGAAGAUGGUGAAUUGAUAUUGGAUGAAUAUGAUGUUGAGAAUAGCCCAGAGACAAAUUAUAACGGUGAUACAGCAGUUGAUAAUUCAAGUAUAGUUGGUAAUCUUGCACUGGACCAUACGGCUAUUGAAGAUCCCGGUAAUAUCAAUGACUCCAAAGAUGAAGGAAUUAACAAAUCAGAAGCUGGUUCAACACUUCAUAGAUUGUCACUGAAAACUUUAAGAUUAUGGAAACAACUUUCAAGUAAAUAUUCAUCUGGACCAAUACAUCCAUCAACACCAUCACUUCCAUCAAAGUUACCACAUAGUAAACCACAACAUGAACAGUCACAACCUUCAACUUUGAGAAGUGAAUUGAAAAGACGUAUUUCUAGUGUUUCCAUAAGACGUCAUAAUUCAAGUAAAAGAUGGAAAUCAACAUCUGCAAAGAGUGAAAAUGAUGCUAUAGAUGCAAAGAAGAAUGAAAAUAAUUCAGAAGAAGAGCCAAAAGAACAUUCACAACCAUCAACAUUUAGAAGUGAAUUGAAGAGAAGAUUAUCGAAUGUUUCCAUAAGACGCCAUUCAAGUAAAAAAUGGAGAACAACAGACAAUCAGACCAAUAAUAGUGAGCUGCAGGAGCUGCAAAAUAACCUGCUGGAACAAGAUCCAAUUAAACCAAGCACUCCAAUAUUUCCAAUUCCACCACAAUUAUCUCAAACUUCAGAAGCUGGUUCAAGUGGUCUUUCUAAAUCAAGAACUCAUGUUUUGUCAAAAAAUCAAGAUGGAUUAGCUCAACUUUUUGAAUCUGAGGAUUUUGUGACCAGAUUAAGUACUGGUGCUGUUAGCUCUAGAAAGAGUUAUGAUGGUGAUUAUUCAAGACCUCCACCUGGGUUUGAUCAAGAUGAAGAUCAAGAUGUUGAUGCCUUGGAUGAGCUUUACCAUAUCUCAUAUAGAAGAAAUGACGAUGAGAAUGACAAUGGUUAUUUGGAAGACGAUGAAGGUGAUGAUUCUGAAGACAUUGAUCCAACCAGAAGAAUUCGUCUGCAACAAACCAAAGCAGGACAGUUGAAUUUGGCAUUCCAUGAUACAAUUGCCUUUGUGAAAGACCAAACCACCAGAAGAUCCAAAUCGAUUAACCAACAUUUGAAUCGACUUUUCCAACCUCAAGAAGUCUGA